CUAGCAGAUGAAUAUUGACAUCGCGAUAGAUAAAUAUCUUCCCAAUAUUUUGCUGAUAAAUCAAAUAGCGGUAUAUAAAGAACUUGUCAAAUGCAAUUUAAACAACAAUCAAUAUGAUUGUCUCAUUGUUAGCCGCGUUUUCAGUUAUCACAGUCAUAGUUAGUGCAAAAGUGGUACCCAAGGAUAGUGAAGAAUGUCGAAUUCUUUUAGGGGAUGCAUUUAUUGAAGAGAUAGCUGGAUAUUCAGAAGUCAGAGACAAUAUACUGAAUUAUGUCUUAGUCGGUGAUUUUAAAACGAAAACUUAUGACGAGCUAGCCAAGUUUGUGGACAAAUUCGGAGCACGGCCAUCUGGUACAGAUACAUUAGAACAGUCGAUAGAUUAUAUGAUCCAAUUAACUCGCGAUGAGGGUAUUGAUGACAUCACCACUGAAGAAUUAGAGGUCCCACAAUGGACAAGAGGACAGGAAGAAGUAACUAUGUUGGAACCAAGAGUUAAAAAUAUCGCUGUCUUGGGUUUAGGUAGAAGUGUUAGUACUCCACCUGAAGGUGUAACAGCUGAAGUAGUAGUUGUUAAUAGCUUUGCUCAGUUAGAUACUUUUUCUGAUAAUGAUAUCGAAGGAAAGAUAGUUUUAUACGAUCCAGUUUUCACAUCAUAUGGUGAAACAGUUACAUACAGAACACAAGGUGCUACUAAGGCAGCCGCCAAAGGGGCAGUAGCAUCUUUAGUACGGUCUAUCGCUCCUUUCUCAAUCAACUCACCUCAUACUGGAAGCCAGAACUAUGGAGAAAACGUGACUAAAAUUCCAACAGCGGCUAUUACACUUGAAGAUGCUGAUUUGAUUCGCCGUUUUUAUAAUAGAGGCGAAAAGGUCGUGUUGAACAUUAAAAUGUUUUCAACUUAUGAUACUAAAAUAUCAAGAAAUACUUUAAUUGACUACAAAGGUACAGAAAAUCCUGAAAAACUAGUAAUCGUAUCGGGUCAUAUUGACAGUUGGGAUGUCGGACAAGGAGCCAUGGAUGACGGUGGUGGUUUAUUUAUUAGUUGGGCAGUCCCCGUUAUCCUUAAACGUUUAAACUUAAAGCCGAAGAGAACAAUCCGAUCUAUUUUCUGGACCGCUGAAGAAUUAGGUCUUGUAGGAGCAUAUGCUUAUGAAGAAAAACAUAGAGAUGAAAAUCAUAAUAUCAACUUCAUUAUGGAAUCUGAUGAAGGUACAUUUGCUCCCCUUGGUUUAGCAGUUGCUGGUAAUAAAGAAGCUAGAUGUAUUGUAGCUGAAGUAUUAAAGUUGUUUAAAUCUAUAAAUGCUUCAACUUUAGUAGAAGAUGACAGUCCUGGGUCUGAUAUAGCUGUAAUUAUUAAAACUGGUGUUCCUGGCGCUAGCCUUCAUAAUGAUAAUGGUAAAUAUUUUUGGUUCCAUCACACCGAAGGUGACAUGAUGAAUGUAGAGGACGAGCAUGAAUUGGAUUUAGGGACUGCUUUUUGGACUGCAGUCGCUUAUAUUAUUGCUGAUAUUUCAGCAGACAUACCACGGUAACUAUGAUUAAAAAUGUUUAUGUCAAGAUUAAAUAUUAAAAAUAAAUGAUUUACUAAGCAAAUUUAUA